AUGCUGCAGCAACCCUGUAUAUCUGCCUGCCCUGCCAUGACUGGAGGAUCGCAGGUGCUGCUGGCAUGCCCUCAGCACUCCAGUGAUGGACACCACCAACAGCAAUGGUGGUUUUUUGUUUUGUUUUUCUUUCACCAAAAAUGCAUUAGAUUUGCUCCAGCACCAGUGCAGGAACGACUCAGCUGCAUGGCCAGGAAUAACUCCAUCUAUGUGGUUGCAAACAUUGGGGACAAGAAGCUGUGCAACUCCAGCGAUCCCAGCUGCCCCAGUGAUGGUCGCUAUCAGUACAACACCGAUGUCGUCUUUGAUGCAGAGGGGAAACUGGUAGCACGUUACCACAAGUAUAAUCUCUUUAUGUCAGAAACUCAGUUUAAUUACCCAAAAGAGCCAGAAGCCGUCACCUUUGAGACCCCCUUUGGGAAGUUUGGCAUUUUCACUUGCUUUGACAUCCUUUUCCGUGAGCCUGCCGUGGUCUUGGUGAGCGAGUUGCAGGUGGACACCGUGCUCUUCCCAACAGCUUGGAUGAACGUCCUGCCACUUCUGACUGCGAUUGAGUUUCACUCUGCCUGGGCUAUGGGCAUGGGUGUCAACUUCCUGGCUGCCAAUACGCACUACACCAGCAUAUCUAUGACGGGGAGCGGUAUUUAUGCACCAGAUGGAGCCAGAACAUACUAUUACAAUAUGAAAACUGAGGAUGGGCGUCUCCUCAUUGCUGAGCUAGAUUCACACCCUCGACUUUCUCCUGCCUCCCCGCCUGCUGUCAACUGGAGCUCAUACGCUUUGAGUGUCGAAAGAUUCUCCCCGAAUGACCAUGAUUUCAGAGGGCUCGUCUUCCACGACUGGUUCACUUUCACUGAGCUCACUAAGCCUGAGGGGAAUCUCGCUGUUUGCCAGGAAGACCUCUGCUGUCACUUGAGCUACAAGAUGGCAGGGAAACGAGAAGAUGAAGUUUAUGUCCUGGGUGUCUUUGAUGGCCUUCAUAUUGUUGAAGGACAAUACUAUCUGCAGAUAUGCACGCUGCUUAAGUGCAAGAGCACAGACCUGAACACGUGUGGGCAGCCGGUGGAGACGGCUCAGACCAAGUUUGAGACGUUCUCCCUCAGUGGCACGUUUGGCACCAACUACGUCUUUCCAGAAGUCUUGUACAGCGGGGUGCGGCUGGCCCCCGGGGAGUUUGAGGUAUUGAAUGAUGGACGCUUGAUAAGUAAGACAAGACCAACAAAACCACUCAUCACUGUGACGCUUUUUGGACGGUGGUAUGAAAAGGAUCAUCUGAAACAAGACCCACAACCACCAGCCUUCCCAUGAUAUUACCAUAACUGAAGCUGUACACUAUUAAUCUUAUGUCCAAAUGAGAUACAGCAUCCUCUACUACAACAAUCCAAAUUAUGUUUCUUAUUUCUAGUUGCACAAACUGCUUAUCAGUGUGCUUUGUUUAGUAAUAAUGCAGCAAUAUUAU